ACAGCUAUGCAUUUGUUAUUGUUUUUGCGUUUUGGUAUUUUGUUUGUGAAUUGAGUGCAAAUUGGAUUUUAUUAAAAAUUUAACGGAAUCAGAAAGGAAAAUAUGAAAUUUCGCUUUUGCGGAGAUGGUGAUUGCCCGGACUGGGUACUAGCUGAAAUUUACUCAAGUUUAUCAGUUCUAAGCUCUGUAAAAUUGAAAAUCCUAACCCAAAUGGUUGCAAAGAGUUUAUUGGGCGAAUUUAUUCCGGAUGAAAAACUACGAGAAACAUUCGCUGCAAAUAAACCGGAUCUAACGUCAAUCAAAUCGUCAUUCGCCUGCAUUCGAUUUCUCAUUGUUAAUGCAAUUCGUUUCAACACUGACGAUGCUACAUUCAAUGAAGAAUUACAGCAAUUGGGUCUGCCCAAGGAACACUCAUCUGCUGUGUGUCGAGUCAUGAGCGAUCAUUAUCAGGCACUGAAACAACAUCUCAUCGACACAAGUCUGAAAGUAAACGAAUUGGAAUCCAUAUCGUGUACGAUACCGAAUGAUGUCAUCGACUGCGCGCAGUUAACAUUCGAUAUUGCCAAUGAAAUUGUCGACGGAAUACCGACGAAACAAAGUCACAAAGUCAACAUUUCGAAGUUGGAUAUUGGUAUUCUCUUGAAUGAAAUGCGAACCGUUAGAAACUUGAUGGACGAGAUGAACUACGAAGAGCGGUAUAAUGGUUUGCAGACAGGAUAAACUGAACAGUGGGACGGGCUUUACAACAAAAUAUUUUUCCUAUAAAGAAAAGCUCCAGUGAUUCGUAUAGAGCUGUAGAAAAUUGACGCUAGAUGUCGCUAUAUAAAUGAAACUUGUUUAACAGUGUAAGAAAAGUGGAAACAAUAAAAUGUACGGUACAACAUGA